AUAUCAGUACCACUAGCAAAUAAGUGAAUAUCAUUUCUCCAUACAUACACAUUCGGAAGACAAUGGGUUCCAAUGUUUCAGUUUCAUCUGUGCAUGAUGUUCAUUCAUCAAUGGAAACCAACAAUGGAUUGGUUGUGGAAAUCGAAUCAAGAAGACAAUGGAAAUCUCUCUUCGAUUCCAUGAAAGGCUCAAACAAAUUGCUAGUAAUUGAUUUUACAGCUGCAUGGUGUGGGCCUUGUAAAGCAAUGGAACCUAGAGUUAAGGAGAUUGCUUCAAAGUACCCAGAAGCUGUGUUUUCUAGGGUUGAUGUGGAUAGGCUAAUGGAUGUGGCUGGGACAUAUAGAGCUAUUACACUUCCAGCUUUUGUUUUUGUGAAGAGAGGAGAAGAGAUUGAUAGGGUUGUUGGAGCCAAACCUGAUGAGCUCGUGAAGAAGAUUGAAAAACAUAGGGUUUAAGAUUAGUUUUUCCCCUUACAAAACAAAAGAUUAUACUUUUGAAUGCGUGUUGUGAAUUGAUUGUUUGAAGUUGAGUUUUUGGUUUGUUGUUUUCUGAAAAAAAUAUAACAAUGGUAGUGUG